UGUGUGGUCGCAGCACAUAAGCAAAUUCAUUCUUGUGCCGUUUCUCGGAAAAGCUUUUCAGUAAAUGCACUCAUGCUGCUCCAGGAGCUCUUCUCUGCAACAAGCAGCCCAUCUGCCAUCAACAAGUUAAGACCAAGAGAACUAACGGCUGCGGAAAGAAGGGACGGAAGCUUUGAUUAACCAGCUGAGCAGUUAGAAGGACGAAAUUAACAACUUGUGUUCAAAACUGAUUUAGGGGAUCAGAGUGGUCACAGAAAAUGAAACCAAUGCUUUCAAGAGGAAUAUCCUAAGGGGAAAAACAACUCACCCUAGCGGAUUUAUUUUACUCAGAAAGCCUGGGACACACAGAAAACAGGAAACUGGUCAAAGGCUCCUGCUCCUGCAUGUCAGAGCCUUUUACAGACUCACUGCGUUGAGUCUAACAACCGCGACUGAAUGCAGCCUCCAAUGUGCUCAGAAGAAUGGGCUUACAUUUCAAGUGGCCAUUAGGGGCCCCUAUGCUGGCAGCAAUAUAUGCAAUGAGUAUGGUUUUAAAAAUGCUGCCUGCCCUGGGUAUGGCGUGUCCACCCAAAUGCCGCUGUGAGAAGCUGCUCUUCUACUGCGACUCUCAGGGCUUCCACUCAGUGCCAAACACCACAGACAAGGGCUCUCUGGGCCUGUCUCUGAGGCACAAUCACAUCACAGAGCUCGAAAGGGAUCAAUUUGCCAGCUUCAGUCAACUUACCUGGCUCCACUUAGACCACAAUCAAAUUUCAACAGUAAAGGAAGAUGCUUUUCAAGGACUCUAUAAACUUAAGGAAUUAAUCUUAAGUUCCAACAAAAUAUUUUACUUGCCAAACACAACUUUUACUCAACUGAUUAACCUGCAAAAUUUGGACCUGUCUUUUAAUCAGCUGUCAUCUCUGCACCCAGAGCUCUUCUACGGCCUUCGGAAGCUGCAGACCUUGCAUUUACGGUCCAACUCCCUGCGGACUAUCCCAGUACGCCUGUUCUGGGACUGUCGUAGUCUGGAGUUUCUGGAUUUGAGCACAAACCGUUUGCGAAGUUUGGCUCGCAAUGGAUUUGCGGGAUUAAUCAAACUGAGAGAGCUUCACCUAGAGCACAACCAGCUGACGAAGAUUAAUUUUGCUCAUUUCCUACGGCUAAGCAGUCUGCACACACUCUUCUUACAAUGGAACAAAAUUAGCAACUUGACAUGUGGGAUGGAGUGGACCUGGGGCACUUUAGAAAAGCUAGACCUGACUGGAAAUGAAAUCAAAGCCAUUGACCUGACAGUGUUUGAAACGAUGCCUAAUCUUAAAAUACUCCUCAUGGAUAACAACAAGUUAAACAGCCUUGAUUCCAAGAUCUUAAAUUCCCUGAUAUCUCUCACAACCGUUGGUCUCUCUGGCAAUCUGUGGGAAUGCAGCCCUCGAAUAUGUGCUUUGGCCUCCUGGCUGGGCAGUUUCCAAGGUCGGUGGGAGCAUUCCAUCCUAUGCCACAGCCCUGACCACACCCAAGGAGAGGAUAUUCUAGAUGCAGUCCAUGGAUUUCAGCUCUGCUGGAAUUUAUCAACCACUGUCACUGCCAUGGCUACAACUUAUAGAGAUCCAACCACUGAAUAUACAAAAAGAAUAAGCUCAUCAAGUUACCAUGUGGGAGACAAAGAAAUCCCAACUACUGCAGGCAUAGCAGUUACUACUGAGGAACACUUCCCCGAGCCAGACAAUGCCAUCUUCACUCAGCGGGUAAUUACAGGAACAAUGGCUUUAUUGUUUUCUUUCUUUUUUAUUAUUUUUAUAGUGUUCAUCUCCAGGAAGUGCUGCCCUCCCACUUUAAGAAGAAUUAGGCAGUGCUCAAUGAUUCAGAACCACAGGCAGCUCCGAUCCCAAACACGACUCCAUAUGUCAAACAUGUCAGACCAAGGACCAUAUAAUGAAUAUGAACCCACCCAUGAAGGACCCUUCAUCAUCAUUAAUGGUUAUGGACAGUGCAAGUGUCAGCAGCUGCCAUACAAAGAAUGUGAAGUAUAAUACCAACCGUCAUCAAAAAUUAUAUCAGAUAAGUAACCUAUUUUACAUAGUAGGGAAUAAAUACAUAUCUAAUUUUUACCAAUGGUGACAUUAAGCCUAAUUUUCCAAACUAAGUGGAGACUUAAGUUUUUGAAGUGUUGAAGUAUUUUAAUUUUUUUAAUUAAACAAUAUUGUAAGUGCUAAAUGAAGCAAUGCUCACCUUAAUUUGCACUCUUGUUGGAAAGUCUAAAAAUGCUUACUUCAAAAUAAGACAUUUCAUGUAUGUAAUUAUAUACUGUCAUGUGUAAACAUUUACUAAGGUCUCCAUAAGCUAGUAUUUUCUACUGAAAACAGUUUGGAAAUAAGCUACUGAGCAAAAUAUGAUAUAGAUCAAUACUUGUCUAAUCACUGCUCUCCAUCCCAAGUACCACAACUGGCUUGCUGCUUAAAAAGAGACUUAGCAAAGUUCUUUUGUAUGAUAAUUUGGCAUUUACUCCAAUCUACAAUUUAUUGCCAGUGUGGAAAGUAUAAUUUCAUGUAUGCUGAAGACUGGUAAAUAUUAAACACUCUUCUUUCAGAGUUUUUGUCUGGUUUAGUAGGUAUAAAAGUCCACAUCAAAACAUCAGAACCCUUUAUGUAAUUCUAAUAAGCUGAGUGACUCUUUAAUAUAUUUAAAGAAUGAAUCCAAAUGAUUGUGAAAAGGUCUCAUUACAAAGAAAUCAAUACUAAAUCAUUACACUGACUUUGUUGUAUCACACACAUCUAGUUUGACUUACAAAGGGCAUGUUGAGUUUUGUGCCAUUUAGACAAUUUAAACUAGUUUUAAAUUACCAAUUUACUAAUUAGUGUACUAAAUCCUAUAUUUACAUUUAUAUGAGAAAAAAUUAGAAAUUAUUUUGGAGAGGAAAAAAGAUAAACUGAGUCAACUUCAUCCUAUGACUGGUUCCCUCUAGUUUGAAAGCACACACAUAAAUAUUCUCUCCCCCACCCCACCCCCACCAGCCCUCCUCCUUCCUUCCCUCCUGUCAGGAUCAAAAAUACCUUAACAAAAGGGUUCAAACCUCUUCUGCCUUUUCCUAAUCUUCAAAUCUUAGAGUCAAAUAAAAAAUAAUUGGCUAGCAACAGGCAUAACACUAAUUUUUGUUAGAAUAUAGUAUAAAGAAACCACAAAAAUUCACUUUCUAAAAAUUAUAUGCUAAAAUUUCACCUUUUAACAAUAAACAUAGAUAUUCACUGUAAGAGCAGUUCCUUUUUAAGUGAAGGGACAAUACAUUACCAAGGUAAAUCCUGUCGUGGCAGAACACUCUACAUGCAUAUGCAGCCACACAGUGGUGACUCAAAGGUGGCACUGAGGCAAGAGGAUGAAAAGGAGAGGGGAAUUUUGGUGAAAGGUUUUUGAAAUCUGACUCUUACAGAAACAGGUUAGCUGAAGUUAAAAGGCAGCCAGCUGUGAGAACCUGGUAACUGCACAUAAUCUGCAUCAAACAGGCAAGGCCCCUGACCUGCAACUGAAACAGGGAAAGGCUAAGAGAUUCUCCAGGAGUCAAUACAAACAUUUCAUAAUGAGCAAAUAAACAUGAUGGCACAUUUUUCAUGCAGAAAAGAGCCACAAGUAAUUCAUUUCUUCAAUUACGAUUUGUAUAGAAGAAACUAUGAUAUAUUUGGAAUUUAGAUGCAAGCUACUGAUUCACACAGAAAUUUUCUAUAGACAAGUUCCAUGCAUGUAGUAGCAAAAAUUGUGAAAUUAGACUACUGACUUGAUUUUAGAAUAAUGAGCACUUUUACCACUGACAUUUACUCCGUGAAAAAAGGCAUAAGUCCUCAGAGAAAUAUUAUCUCCUAAAAUGUUAUCUUUUCAUUAACAUAAUACCCUUCAUUCAAAGAGAAUUUUCUUCCCUGACUAAAUUAAAAACAUGUUUACAGUUUAUCUCAUGAAAUUUAAUCCUAAUUUUUUCUUCUUUAGUACUAAGAGAGAGCUGUCUACCUACAUAUCAAAGAAAACACGUCUCAGUAAAAAGCAGGCAAGAUGACAAGUUAUGGUAGGAAAGUACCCUCAACAUUUUUAA